CUCUGAUAAGGUCAAUGGUUCGUUUUACUUCCUUGUGAUAGAAGCAGGUUAUGGCAACAUCAAGUGGUACUUUAUGUGGUGUUUGUGAAUCACAGCAAGUGACGACAGACGCAUCCUUCUGGUGUCCUGAGUGUGAUGAAGGUUUGUGUUCAACAUGCUUAAAGUAUCACAAUGGUUCAAAAUCGACUAGAAAUCACGAGGUCAUCUCUGUUGAUAACUACAGACAGCUUCCGUCUUUUGUGGCUAGUGUCCAACAUUGCUGUUCUGAACACGACAAAAAAUACCAGCUUUACUGUCUACAACACGAAAGUCCAUGUUGCCCCUUAUGUGUUAUCACCAACCACAAGAAAUGCGACUUACAGUCAAUUGAUGAAAUUAUUAAAGAUUCCAAAACGUCCGCAAUGUUUGAUGAUGUGAAACAAAGAAUGAACGACAUAAAGGUUAAUCUCAAAAGAAUUAUAGAUGACCGAGAUCAAAAUUUAUCAAAGGUACAACUGCAAAAAAUGAAAAUACAGUCUGAAAUACAGACGAUGCGCGACAAAAUAAAUCAACAUCUAGAUACUAUCGAACAAAAUAUACUACAGGAGUUGGGUGAUGUGGAAAAGGGAGUUAGUUCAGAGAUACGAUGUAUUCGUACAAAACUUCUAAAGCACACGAAAAACGCAGAAGAGCUAGAUAUACAUAUUUCUGCUAUUAAAAAGUAUGCAUCUAACCUACAGAUUUUUGUUGGAAUGAAGAAGAUUGAAACAGAUAUAGACCAUGCAGAAAAGUUUAUGGUGUCAUUGUUGGAAAAUGGAAGUCUACAACAAGUUGAUCUCGACUUGAAAGUUGAUAAAAAAAUGUCCGACAUAUUGACCAUUGUUGGAUAUGGUAAGAUAUCCAGAAGUUCCACUGCCCCUACAGUUUCUAUGCAGGCCGGGAAAAAUAAACAAGCUCAAUACUUUGUAUGCCCUCCUGUCGGAACGAAAACAAUCGAUGAUAUACACAUUUCUUCACAUAAGAAGCUUAAACUCCCAGAGGUUUAUAUAGGAAGACAAUUGACAGGAUGUACAAUAUCUCCUACCGGUAAGAUUAUUCUUGUAGACUGGGGUUAUCGCACUGUAUUUGUCUUACACGAGGACGAGUCAGUACUGUUUCAAAUAAAAACACAAAAGCCGCCAUUUGAUGUCAGUUUUAUUGAUGAAAACAUAAUUGCAGUUUCCCAUGGAAAUCGUGCACCAUUCAAUAUCGAGUUGAUAAACAUAUCUUCUGGUAAAAUAGAGAAACAAAUCAGAAUUUCAAAAAAGUGUCAUGGUAUAACAAAUGAACAAGAUAGGUUAAUAUAUUGCUCAGAAGGAAACGGUAUUCUGUCAGUUGAUGUUUCUGGUAACAAUGCUUGCACUGUAGUGGAGCAACCAGAGAUGUCUGAUUUAAAUUACGUUACAGCCUCUGGAGGUAAACUGUAUCAUACAAAUUCUACAAAUGAUACCGUAACAUGUUAUACCAUUACAGGGGAGAAGGUUUGGGAAUACAACGACAAAUCAAUUCUAAAGAAUAUACGUGGUGUAACUACUGAUAAGGACGCCAAUGUUUACGUUGCAUCCCAUGGAAAUAACAGUAUCGUCGUUAUAUCACCAGAUGGAAAACACGCUAAACGUCUUCCGGGGAUGGAUGGUAGUUUAUAUCAACCGCAUGGUAUUUAUCUUGACAAAGCCAGUAACAAUCUGCUUGUAGCAUGUUAUAAUGGUAGCGCUCAUAUGUAUAAAGUGUCGUGAGAAAUAUUUCCCUUUUAAUUUCUAAAUCUGAAUUUUUACUUGAAUGUCUAAUUACAAGAUCCAAUCUUUUUUAAUGAUGUUUGCUUAUUUUAUAAUGACAAAUAUGAGAAAUUACCUCUUUUAGAAUUAAAAAUAAUUUCAUUCAUAUUUAACUCUUUAGAAAGCUUUUGCUAAUUUUCUAUUGUUUCUACUUCUUACAGCAUAUCCAGGAGAAGCAUAUACAUUUUUUUCCCUGAAGAAUCUCUUACAACCAACUGUUUCGUUGAAAACGCAUUUCAUUUUAUAAAUAUGUUAGCGUUUCAUUCACGUUUCAUUACUUAAUUACUAUUUCUAUUAUUAGAUUGUUAGCUUCAGAUUGUAACUUUUCCAUACCACUCAUACCACUCAUUCCUGUGUCAAUUUGCUAAAAAAAAUAACACUUUACAAGAAACUUAUACCAAGAGUCCAUUAAAAUCAAUUGAAAAUCAGGAAUAAUCUCUUUUAUUCCUAACGAUCUUUCCGUGAAAUAUAAUAUGGUAGGCUACACUUGUUAUCUUCUUCGGUAUUAUCUUUAAAAGUCUUUAAGAUUUUUUUCAAUUAUAGACUGACCGGGAAAGGAAAAAAAGAUAACAAAAUUUAAAAUUGUAAUUCCAAGUCACCCCAUUUGUCAUAUUUUUUUUGCUUGAUAUAAACACAUGAACCUUUAAAAAAUGUUUGAUCUGGAAAGAAUGAGUUCAUAUUUAAAACUUACAUUUGUAUAUUCAGAAAAAUCUGUUUACAAAGAAUAUAUCAUCUAAAUAUCUGUGGGUUUUGUCAAACAAAUCAAGCAAGUUGUGUUUAUGUAGAUUCUUGAUGCAUUUUUUCCGUAAAUUAAGAUUUAUAAAUCUACUAUAAUGUCACAAUUAUAUCUACUAUGACAUCAAGAUUGUGUAAGAAAUAAUUCAAGCCAGGCGUAGAUAUGUUUUCAAUUAACCAUGGGUUGGGCAUUUAUAUUCGAUUUGUUUUCAUUUAACCGUAGGUUGGUAAUUUAUGUUCGAUUAUUUUAUACCGAGCCUAAGCGAGUAAAUGCCCAACCCAUGGUUAAAGAAAACAAAUCUACGGCUGCCAUGAAUUAUUUCGAUUCGUGAAAGCCCUAUACACAUGAUACUGUUUAGCUGUUCUGUUUAAGUAUUUUGUAUUUAUAAACAUAACUUUCCUUAUUUGUUAUUAAAUAUGGUUACAGUGUGCACAUUCAUCUUACUUUAUUUAAUUCAAUUAUUGUCUAGUUUCAUUAUGAUUAUUAUUUGAACAUAGUAUGCCAAACUUUGUCGACAAGUUCGCUGAAUAUUUGUUUUGAUGUAUGCAACCAAAUAUCUUUUUCCCUUUGAUUUGCAUAUUGAAAUAUUGGAAUAUAAUUUACAUCUUUAAUGAUAUUUAAUAACAAUUUUAAUAAUUCUAGUCUAUUUAUACAGUAGAAUAAUACAUAAACUUAUGAAACCUUUUGAUGUCAACAAUUCGUACAUACGUGCUGAGGUCAAAUUCAGAAAAAAAACAAAUUUUGGUAUGAGGCUGAGAAACUUGGAAAAUAAAAAAAAAGUUAUUAUUUUUAUGACAUUGACCUUACGUUGUAUUUAUGAUGCAACUUAAAUGUAUGCAUUGAUAAAGAUUUGAAUUGGAACAAAAAUUUCAAACUUAAUAUUUUCAUCCCUAAAUGAACCCUUGAAUCUGGGAAAAGUGAUCCAUGAUGGAAUUGACAUGGCACAAAAUAUAUGUGUUACUAUAUU